AUGUGGUUCCGCGGCUACCACCGCAGGGCGCGGUGGAGCGAAGAACUGAAGGCUCUGGACUUGGAGAUGCACUGCACUGUGCUCUCAUUUUCGGGCCACCAAAGGGACUGGAAGGAGCGGGCUAAGGCGACCAAGCAUCUUCCAGGGCACACGUGCUACGCCAACGGGCAGGCGGCGAUGUGGCAGCAAUUGGUGGAUGAGAGCGCGGCAAUUUUCCACCAGGCGAGGGAUAAAUAUCGAGACCCAUCCAUAAUGUAA